CCAAAGUUUCCGAUCACGCCGACACAACUUUAUAUCUCGUUCUUCAGUCCACAUAAACUGUUGCUGAUCCAACCUAUAUCCUCUAAUAUACUGGAUCUCUCAAACGGACAGAAGAAACCAAAAUGCUACCUCCAUCCCUCAACAUCCCAAAGUGGCUCGAAGCCAACUCGCACCUCCUCCAACCCCCCGUCAACAAUUACUGCGUCUACCACCCUUCCAACUCCGCCGGCUACACAGUCAUGAUCGUCGGCGGCCCCAACGCCCGAACAGACUAUCACCUGAACUCCACGCCCGAAUUUUUCUACCAAUACCGCGGCUCCAUGCUCCUCAAAACCGUCGAUACAUCUACCACCCCACCAACAUUCGUGGACGUACCAAUUCAUGAAGGGUCAUUAUUCUUAUUACCAGCCAACACGCCUCAUUGUCCCGUUCGAUUCAAGGAUACAAUUGGCGUGGUUCUUGAGCAGCCGCGUCCGGAGGGAGCAGAGGAUUCAAUGAGAUGGUAUUGUAUGAGUGAUGAGUGUAAGGGAAAAGCGUCGAUCGUGUGGGAGAAGAGGUUUGUGUGUACGGAUUUGGGGACGCAGGUUAAAGAAGUUGUGGAGGAAUUUGGGGCGGAUGAGAAGAAGAGGACUUGUUCGAAAUGUGGUGCUCUGGCUGAUUUCAGGUUUAAAGAGGGCCAGGUUGUGCAGCCGUCUAGGUUUCCGGAGUGAUCUGCCUUAAGGCCGGUUAAGUUGGAGGAAGCAAUCUCUACUCGUGACGAUUACGUCGUUCUUGUAGAAGAUAUGUAUUAAUACAUAAUACAAUAAAUUUCUGGUUAAAUAAAAGUAUUGACGAUCAAGACUUCCUGUGUGCAUAUCAUAUCGAAUAGAGGGUCACAUAAAAUGGAGGAGAAUUGGAAAAGCGGGUAAACCGCUAAACCAGUCAGUAGGCUGAUUAUAAGAAACAUCGACACUGAAUGCAAAGGAUAAAACAAUUUUGUACAAGAGAAAUUAGACCCUAAUGGGUAUUGAACUUUAGGAAAAACGAAAGCAAAAGCAGAAAGCAAGGGAGAAGGCAUAAUGUGCUCGUGCCGACAGUCAAAACAUCAAUAUAAUACACAUCGUGCGGGAUGAUGAGUUCUUGCCGUCGUCUCACUGCAUGCAACUCGUCCCCGUCAUACUUAUUUAAUCCUCAAACGGACAGUCAAUGCUUUCAUGACCAUCUCGCUCGCAUAAUGCACACCAUUUGCUUUCGUCGAUAACUCCCGAAGCUUUGCCCGCCACGGGUCCCAUGGAAGAUGACAUGCCUCCGAUGCCUUUCAAGCCUUCAGCAACCACAUCACGACCAUUCUUCACUGUUGGAGAGGUAGCCUCGGCAUGUUCCUGCUUUAUCUCGGGCUGAUGAGCCAUGACUGGAGACUCUGUCUUUGGUGGAAUCUCCGCAACAUCGUGACGUGGUCUUUCGAGUUCAUGGUCAUUGUGCUCAUGCUGCAGGUGCAUGGAAUCGGUGCCGUUUAUGUUUGUUCCAAAGGUCGUACAGGUAAGGAUAUCGUGACCGUUGGUCUCGCAGAUUUCACACCACAGAGAGCCACUUUCAGAAGACUGAUUAUCAGAAUCACGUAAGUCGUCGUUGUCAUCUCGACGAUGCGAGAAAUCUCGGUAUGCGUUAACAGGCAUAGGCCCCUGUUCAUUAAUUCCCGCUGUUUCUUGCCAAUCUUGAGGCACCACGGUUUUGUCUGACAAAGUAUGGCCGUGACUGACGGGAUUGCUGCUACGGCUGCCCCUUGAGGAAUGGGAUGCUUUCAUCUGUCUCAGUGGAGCAAUAGUCACUGUUCCGCUUCGGCUUCUUGAGCCAUUCAUCGAGUUUCGUCCUAGAGAAUUCCACCCUAUAGAGUUUCGUGCAGGGGAGUUCCGGCCUGGAGAGUCGCGUCCAAGAGGGCUUCGACUCUGUCCAAGUUCCCUCUGUAGUUCGUCUAUUCGACUCGAGCGAAACUCCGCAACACCUUCAAGUUCUUUGAUUCGCUCUUCCAAUUGAGAGAUUCGUUCAGUAUCAUGAGAACCCGAUUCGCCAUGGGACGUCCCAUUUGUAUUGAGCAUAGCCGGAUUCACAUCGCCUCUGCUGAGUGAAUGAAUGAUGGCUUUCAGACCUCGGAUUUCGUCGUCUUUCUGUUCCAACUCUCGACUAUUCCAUCGACCUUCAGCAUCCUUCAAUGCAGCAGCAGACUUUUCUCGUUCUUGUUUCAGUUCCAAUUGUGCUCGUUCAACCUCUCCACGUAGGAACUCAACCUCGCCACGAGCUUCUGCUUCACCGCGUCGUGCA